CUUUGCCCACAGAGGGCAUCCCUGCUCAUUGAUAUGUAGACCAGGCAAAGGCAGCUGCUGGAAGCCUCCUCCGACCGCUCUUUUUUCCCUUCACCGUCAUCUCUCUGCCCCCACCCCCUUCCCGUGGAGUCUUUGCCUGAUCCAGUGCGUUUCCCUCCAGUCUCCACAUUUUCCCUUCCAGCCCUCCACUUCUCUGGAUCAAUGGAUAGUACGGCUCCAACUCCCACCUCACACACCGCUGGCGGACACCCCAGUAACAAGUGAGAGCGCUCCACCCCGCAGACCCCUGCCUCUCCUCCCCGGGUCCCCUCGGCUCUUGGAGGAAAAACAAACAGCAUCCCCAGAUCUCCUGCGGAUUUUUCUUUUUCAACUUUAUCCAGCCUUGGACAGGGAACCAGCCUCGACCUUUUAAUGCACAGCCCCGCCACAGGAUUGCUUUCUAUCUCCUCUUGGUCCCUUCUGGAUAUUCUCUUUAUUGAUGACUCAAGAACCCCGUGGAGAGCGGUUUUCCCUCUUCUUCCUCCCUCUGUCUCAUUGAGUUAGUUUUCUAAGGUUUUACCGGAGCUUGGCAUCUCUUGGACCGAAUGGAACUUUUCGCUGCCUCCUUUUGCUGCUGAUUCUGUCAGUGGACCAGCAAAGAGGCAGAAGAGGCACAGGGGAGGUGGAGAAAGAGGUGGAGGAAGAGGACGAGGAGGAGGAGGAGGAGGAGGAAGCCGAAGGGGCUCGGCGCGUGUGUGUGCAUGUGUGCAUGCGUGUGUGAGUGCAUGUGUGUGAGUGCCGCCACUGCCCAGGACCUCCGGCCCCGAAGGUGUUGGCUGAAAUAUGGAGAAUAGUCUUGGAUGUGUUUGGGUACCCAAGCUGGCUUUUGUACUCUUCGGAGCUUCCCUGCUCAGCGCACAUCUUCAAGUCACCGGUUUCCAGAUUAAGGCUUUCACAUCCCUGCGCUUCCUGUCAGAGCCUUCCGAUGCUGUCACGAUGCGGGGAGGAAAUGUCCUCCUGAACUGCUCUGCUGAGUCUGACCGAGGCGUCCCGGUUAUCAAGUGGAAGAAAGAUGGCGUCCACCUGGCCUUGGGAAUGGACGAAAGGAAGCAGCAACUUCCAAACGGCUCUCUGUUGAUACAAAACAUACUCCACUCCAGGCACCAUAAGCCAGAUGAGGGACUUUACCAAUGCGAGGCAUCUUUGGGAGAUUCUGGGUCAAUUAUUAGCCGGACGGCGAAAGUUGCAGUAGCGGGACCACUGAGGUUCCUAUCGCAGACAGAAUCUGUCACAGCCUUUAUGGGAGACACAGUGCUACUCAAGUGUGAGGUUAUUGGGGAGCCUAUGCCAACAAUACAUUGGCAAAAAAACCAACAAGACCUGAUUCCCAUCCCAGGUGAUUCCCGAGUGGUGGUGUUGCCCUCUGGAGCCUUGCAGAUCAGCAGACUUCAACCUGGGGACACUGGAAUCUAUCGAUGCUUAGCCCGGAAUCCAGCCAGCUCAAGAACAGGAAACGAAGCAGAAGUCAGGAUUUUGUCAGAUCCAGGACUACAUAGGCAGCUGUAUUUUUUGCAAAGACCAUCCAAUGUAGUAGCCAUUGAAGGAAAAGAUGCCAUCCUGGAGUGUUGUGUUUCUGGCUAUCCUCCCCCGAGUUUUACCUGGUUACGAGGAGAGGAAGUCGUCCAACUCAGGUCCAAAAAGUAUUCUUUACUGGGUGGAAGCAAUCUGCUUAUCUCCAAUGUGACAGAUGAUGAUAGUGGAACUUACACCUGUGUUGUUACAUAUAAAAAUGAGAAUAUUAGUGCCUCUGCAGAGCUCACGGUCUUGGUUCCGCCAUGGUUUUUAAAUCACCCUUCCAACCUGUAUGCCUAUGAAAGCAUGGAUAUUGAGUUUGAAUGUUCCGUCUCUGGAAAGCCUGUGCCCACUGUGAAUUGGAUGAAGAAUGGAGAUGUGGUCAUUCCUAGUGAUUAUUUUCAAAUAGUGGGAGGAAGCAACUUACGAAUCCUUGGAGUGGUAAAGUCAGAUGAAGGCUUUUAUCAAUGUGUAGCUGAAAACGAGGCUGGAAAUGCCCAGACCAGUGCUCAGCUCAUUGUCCCUAAGCCUGCUAUCCCAAGCUCCAGUGUCCUCCCUUCUGCUCCCAGAGAUGUGGUCCCCGUGUUGGUUUCCAGUCGGUUUGUCCGUCUCAGCUGGCGCCCACCUGCAGAAGCAAAAGGGAACAUUCAAACCUUCACGGUCUUUUUCUCCAGAGAAGGUGACAACAGGGAACGAGCAUUGAAUACAUCCCAGCCUGGGUCCCUUCAGCUUACUGUGGGAAACCUGAAGCCAGAAGCCAUGUAUACCUUCCGAGUUGUGGCCUACAAUGAGUGGGGACCAGGAGAGAGUUCUCAACCCAUCAAAGUGGCCACUCAGCCAGAGUUGCAAGUUCCAGGGCCAGUAGAAAACCUGCAAGCUGUAUCUACCUCACCUACCUCAAUUCUUAUUACCUGGGAACCCCCUGCCUAUGCAAAUGGUCCAGUCCAAGGUUACAGAUUGUUCUGCACUGAGGUGUCCACGGGAAAAGAACAGAAUAUAGAGGUUGAUGGACUAUCUUAUAAGCUGGAAGGCCUGAAAAAAUUCACGGAAUAUACUCUUCGAUUCCUAGCUUAUAAUCGCUAUGGGCCAGGAGUAUCUACUGAUGACAUAACAGUGGUUACACUUUCUGAUGUGCCAAGUGCCCCGCCUCAGAACAUCUCCCUGGAAGUAGUUAAUUCAAGGAGUAUCAAAGUAAGCUGGCUGCCUCCUCCAUCAGGAACACAAAAUGGAUUUAUUACCGGCUAUAAAAUUCGACACAGAAAGACGACCCGCAGGGGUGAGAUGGAAACAUUGGAGCCAAACAACCUCUGGUACCUGUUCACAGGACUGGAGAAAGGAAGUCAGUAUAGUUUCCAAGUGUCAGCCAUGACAGUUAAUGGCACUGGACCACCUUCCAACUGGUAUACAGCAGAGACUCCUGAGAAUGAUCUGGAUGAGUCUCAAGUCCCUGACCAGCCAAGCUCUCUUCACGUGAGGCCCCAGACCAAUUGCAUCAUCAUGAGUUGGACUCCUCCCUUGAACCCAAACAUCGUGGUGCGAGGUUACAUAAUUGGUUAUGGCGUUGGGAGCCCUUAUGCCGAGACAGUGCGUGUGGAUAGUAAACAGCGAUAUUAUUCUAUUGAGAGGUUAGAGUCAAGUUCCCAUUAUGUCAUCUCCCUAAAAGCUUUUAACAAUGCAGGAGAAGGAGUUCCUCUUUAUGAAAGUGCCACCACCAGAUCUAUAACAGAUCCCACUGACCCAGUUGAUUAUUAUCCUUUGCUUGAUGAUUUCCCCACCUCGGUCCCAGAUGUCUCCACCCCCAUGCUCCCACCAGUAGGUGUACAGGCUGUGGCUCUUACCCACGAUGCUGUGAGGGUCAGCUGGGCAGACAACUCUGUCCCUAAGAACCAAAAAACAUCUGAAGUGCGACUUUACACUGUCCGGUGGAGGACCAGCUUUUCUGCGAAUGCGAAAUACAAGUCAGAAGACACAACAUCUCUGAGUUACACAGCAACAGGCCUCAAACCCAACACGAUGUAUGAGUUCUCGGUCAUGGUAACAAAAAACAGAAGGUCAAGCACAUGGAGCAUGACUGCCCACGCCACCACAUAUGAAGCAGCCCCGACCUCUGCUCCCAAGGAUUUGACAGUCAUUACUCGAGAAGGGAAGCCUCGUGCUGUCAUUGUGAGUUGGCAGCCUCCCUUGGAAGCCAAUGGGAAAAUUACCGCUUACAUCUUGUUUUAUACCUUGGAUAAGAACAUACCAAUUGAUGACUGGGUUAUGGAAACAAUCAGUGGUGAUCGGCUUACUCAUCAAAUCAUGGAUCUCAACCUUGACACUAUGUAUUACUUUCGAAUUCAAGCACGAAAUGCAAAAGGAGUUGGGCCCCUGUCUGAUCCCAUCCUCUUCAGGACUCUGAAAGUAGAACACCCUGACAAAAUGGCUAAUGACCAAGGUCGUCAUGGAGAUGGAGGUUAUUGGCCAGUUGAUACUAAUUUGAUUGAUAGAAGCACUCUCAAUGAGCCACCCAUUGGCCAGAUGCACCCCCCACACGGCAGUGUCACUCCUCAAAAGAACAGCAACCUGCUUGUAAUCAUUGUGGUCACCGUUGGCGUCAUCACAGUGCUGGUGGUAGUGAUCGUGGCUGUGAUUUGCACCCGGCGCUCUUCAGCCCAGCAGAGAAAGAAACGGGCCACCCACAGUGUUGGCAAAAGGAAGGGCAGCCAGAAGGACCUCAGGCCCCCUGAUCUUUGGAUACAUCAUGAAGAAAUGGAGAUGAAAAAUAUUGAGAAGCCAUCAGGUACUGACCCUGCAGGAAGGGACUCCCCCAUCCAAAGUUGCCAAGACCUCACACCAGUCAGCCACAGCCAGUCAGAAACCCAGCUGGGGAGCAAAAGCACCUCUCAUUCAGGUCAAGACACUGAAGAAGCAGGGAGUUCCAUGUCUACUCUGGAAAGGUCACUGGCUGCCCGCCGAGCCCCUCGGGCCAAGCUUAUGAUUCCUAUGGAUGCUCAGUCCAACAAUCCUGCUGUCGUGAGUGCCAUCCCUGUGCCAACCCUGGAAAGCGCCCAGUACCCAGGAAUCCUUCCAUCUCCCACGUGUGGAUACCCCCACCCACAGUUCACCCUCCGGCCUGUGCCAUUCCCAACAUUGUCUGUGGACCGAGGUUUUGGAGCAGGAAAAAUGAGUGAAGGACCAACCACCCAGCAGCCACCCAUGUUGCCCCCAGCACAGCCUGAGCAUCCCAGCAGUGAAGAGGCACCAAGCAGAACCAUCCCCACGGCCUGUGUUCGACCAACCCACCCACUCCGCAGCUUUGCUAACCCUUUGCUACCUCCACCAAUGAGUGCAAUAGAACCGAAAGUCCCUUACACACCACUGUUGUCUCAGCCAGGGCCUGCUCUUCCCAAGACUCAUGUUAAAACAGCCUCUCUUGGGUUGGCUGGUAAGGCAAGAUCUCCUUUGCUUCCUGUAUCUGUGCCAACAGCUCCUGAAGUAUCUGAGGAAAGCCACAAAGCAACAGAGGAUCCAGCCAACGUGUAUGAACAGGAUGAUUUGAGUGAACAAAUGGCAAGUUUGGAAGGGCUAAUGAAGCAACUUAAUGCCAUCACAGGCUCGGCCUUUUAACAUGUAUUACCCAAUUGAUGAGGUGUAUUUUCCGGGAACUUUGCACCAUACCAAUUACCCAUAAACAGCACACCUGUGUCCAAGAACUCUUAACCAGUGUACAGGUCAACGAUCAGGACCACUCACUUACGGAGGAUCCUGAAGCGGUUCAGAAGGAAUAAGUGUCCCUUCUUUCAUAGGCAUCAGGAAUUUCACAAUGAUUACUAUGGGGUCCCUAAACAAAAGUAAAUAAACGUCUUCACUGCAGUGUCAAAGCUGAA